UCUAAGUUCCUUCCAUCUAAAGAGUUGCUUCAUGUUUAUACAUGAUGUGCAAGGAAUGGCCCGACAUAAUGGAAGCUGAUAACGCCCAUUUGAAGGGCCCUAGAAAUUGGUUUAUGGGGGUUUUUGGUUCACGAGGUGUUUUGUUGCGGCUUUAUGUCCUCAGACUCUUGGCUCGGCAGGGCCUCCGUCUGGACGAGGUCGAAACACCACGGAAAUGUCUUCAAGUUUGGGCCGUUUCAACAAUUACAAACUCUGGGGGAUGCAUGUAAUUUCCCCAAUUUAAUUUUAGGUUAACUGUGAGAAUUUUUCUUCUCUUUCAAGAUAGGUGAAUCGGAGCGAUGGGUCGGUCUCGAGCGCUGUCGCAUACUGUGGAAGACGAUCCAAACCAAAGGUCCAAGAGAAAGAGGACAGCUUCCGGUGUGGAAAUUAUAGGGACUACACCUACAGAGUGCUUUUCUUUCGGAGCUGAGGUUACACCGCACAAGAGCAAUCAUCCUUACAGGGUUAUGGACAAUCUCUCUUUCCCACUUAUGUGUCCAGACUGGAAUGCAGAUGAAGAGACAUUACUUCUGGAGGGCAUUGAAAUGUAUGGAUUUGGUAACUGGACCGAAGUUGCUGAACAUGUUGGAACAAAAAGCAAAGCACAAUGUAUUGACCACUAUAAUGCUGUAUACAUAAGCUCUCCAUGCUUUCCUUUGCCGGACAUGUCGCAUGUUAUGGGAAAGAGCAGGGAGGAGCUCCUUGCUAUGGUCGAAGGGCCUGGUGAAGUCAAGAAAGAAAUUCCUAAGAUUGGGGAGCUUACUCUGAAAGAAGAAUCUCCAUUCUCAGCAAGAGUCAGAUAUGACGAAUUGAAAAAAGGUCAGCCUUGUCAUUCCUCAUCUAGCUUUACACCAGAUGUAGGCACAGGUUUGGGUUCAAGCAGUGGUGACACAUUCUCAGAUGCGGUAAAGAAGGCCUCCAACAAAGCCCAGAUCAAGGAUGGCACUAGUGUGCAAGAACUUCAGUCGGACAGGAGCAUUGGAGAGAAAAAGCCUAGGGUUCCAGGGGAUGAGGGACCUUCUAUGACAGAGUUGAGUGGUUAUAAUUUCAAGAGGCAGGAGUUUGAGAUUGAAUAUGAUAAUGAUGCAGAACUGUUACUGGCAGAUAUGGAAUUCAAGGAUACUGACUUUGAUGCUGAGCAUGAAUUGAAGUUGAAAGUGCUGCGUAUCUACUCAAAGAGGCUUGAUGAGAGAAAACGCAGGAAGGAUUUCAUAUUGGAAAGAAAUUUACUUUACCCUGACCCUUUUGAGAAGAGCCUCUCACCUGAAGAGAGGGAGAUAUGUCAGCGUUACAGGGUCUUAAUGCGGUUCCACUUGAAAGAAGAGCACGAUGAGUUACUUAAGAAUAUUAUUGAGGAACAACGUAUAGUCAAAAGAAUACAAGAUCUUCAGGAAGCUCGAGCUGCUGGCUGCUGUACAGCUACUGAGGCAAAUAGAUUUCUUGAACAGAAGAGGAAGAAGGAAGCUGAAGAAAGUGAACAUGGAGUUAAAGAAAGUUCUCAGUGUCCGAAUGGUAAAGUCUUGCAAAGGCAAAAUCAUCUCAAAGGAGAAUUUGAUGCCAGCCCUCAGGGAUUUGUCAAGGGCUCCACAGGUCUACAACCCAGUACCAGGGAUUCAUCUUCAGCAUUGCAAGCUAUUUCAAGCUGUGUAGACGAGUGGGACAUCACUGGAUUUGUUGGGGUCGAUUUACUCUCUGAAACUGAGAAACAGCUUUGUGGUGAGAUCAGAAUACUACCUUCACAUUAUCUCAACAUGCUGGAGGUCAUAUCAGUAGAAAUUUUGAAGGGCAAUGUCACCAAGAAGUCCGAUGCCCAUAGCCUGUUCAAGUUAGAACCGAGUAAAGUUGAUGAAGUGUAUGAUAUGCUUGUGAAAAAGGGAGUUGCUUAAGCAUGAUGACAUUUACCAUUUUCGUCUGUGUAUAGAAAUUGUACAGUUUCUAUUUGUUAAAGCUAAUGUACCGACGUAGAAAAAAAGAAGCAAAUAUAUCAAUUUUUAUUAUACAACUUUGGAUAUCUUUUACUCUACGCAAUGUUGUAACGAGGAACUGGUUGUAGUGUAGUAACUUUUACCCUGGGCAUUAUUUAUCC